CAUCAUAAUCUCAUCUCAACCCAUGGAGUUAAUGAGAAGCAUAAACGGCCCAGGUAGAUCAUUGCCCAGUGUACGAGGAACCCGUCCCAGGACUGGUAUGUUGUAUAGAUGUAGUGCACGCAGGCCACGUGGAGUCCGCAUUGGAGACGCUAGUUCAGAUGAUGAAACGCAACCUCCAAGCCCUCCAUUGGAGACUCCUUGUGCGAACCCAUGUCUGGAGACAGAGGCAAACAGAGAACCCUCCCCGAGGGAACAACCAGAUCCUCUUCAAAGUAAUCAGAUCGGUAUAGUUGACAAUGAUAUACGAGGUGAGGAUGUCCCGCCUGUGCCUGUAUCCAACCAGGCACAUACGAGACGUGGUCGCGGGCCGGCGAAGUGUACUGAAUUUGAAAAAUUACGUAAGCAUGGAAAAGUGUUGUUGAAGAUAAAUAGUGGAGAAACAGCACCAUGUUGCGAGAAUGCAAACAUGUUUACAACACGUUUAAGCUGGAUCAUUAAACAUCACUGCAACAUGAGCUACCCAAGAUGGAGUGAUGUACCCCAAGAGCAUAAGGAUGAAUUAAUCGAUCGUGUUCGGCGUGCUGAAAAUGCAAAUUUGGUGGACUUCUACAAGGAAACCCACUGGUCCAAGAAGAAAGAUAAAUUUGUGACACCUGCUACCGAAGACAUUUAUAAGGAUAUGGUAGGAAAGCUGGAUAAUUUAGAACCAGACAAACGAACUGAUGAAGCAGCAGCGGGUGUAUUCAGAGAGGUACUUGGGCAUCGACCGGGUUAUGCAAGAGGACUGGGAGAGAUGGUGAUCCCCGAGUCUACAAGAAAACACUCCUUGGCACGAGAGAAAGAGUAUAUAGCUUUGAUUGAAAAACAUAAGAAAGAGGCUGAAGCUUCCAAGAGUGAGAUGGCGUCAAUGAAGGCAAACAUGGAGGUUAUGAUGGAGAAACAAAAUGAAACCGAUCGUAUGUUGAGGGCCAUCUUAGCUGCGAACCCGUCCCUCAUUGAGUCUGUUCGAGAGACUCAGUGA